AUGUUUGCCACCAAAGUUCUUCGCCAGGCUGCUCAGCACGCCGAGCGCACUCCUCUGAUCAAGUUCACGGGCAGGCGCACAAUUCCUACCAUUGACCACGCUGCCCGCAACCCGCACCCGGCCAGCCCAACCGGAAGCCUGCCAUCCGACUUCGCCGCUGCCUCAUCCCACUCUAGCUUCAGCUCCUACCGCGACCAUGUCCAGCAGUUCGGUCCGUUGCGCAAGACCAUUCGCAGCCUUGAGGAGCGCGGCAUAGGCGGCUCCAGCGGCCACGAGCUCGGCACUGUCGCCCCUUCUGUCGGCGAGGUUUUUGACCGCAACGACCUGCCUGCUCGCUUCCGGAGGGCACCCCUCUCGGCUGCGGAGAUCGAGGCUGUCGAGACCGGCGGCGCCACGCUGUUCGCAUGA